AAAGCAGAAACCCAUGUCUUCUGCUAAUAUUGCAGCCUUCAGAAGAUAGGAUUAGAGCUCUGGUGGCAAGGAUCGAGAAGAGGGAACAGAGCUCUGGAGGAACGCCAAGGAAGCUCAAACAACAGAGCCUGGAAAACAGAAGCAACUGAAAAUAUGGAGGUUUAUCGCCGAAUUGGAAAUACAGGUCAACAACACUUGGUAAAUAAUGCCACAUCAACAAGCUUUCUGCAUCAGCUUAGAGAUCUAUGGGAGAGUCCUAGGGGGACAGUGCUCCGAAUCGAGGCAUUAGCACUAGUGGCCAUCCUUCUCUCCUUUUUCCUUGCUGCCUUUGGGACCUGCCGCCGCUGGUCCAAUAGUUGGAUCAUCCAAAAGGGCUUCCUGGCUGCCAAUGCAUUAUUUCUGUCCUUGGGGACAUACAGCAUUGGCCUAAUGCAGUCUUCACAGGUGAAAAGCGAGAUGUAUCCCAUAUGGGCAGUAUCCUUACUGGCCCUCCUUUGCUGCAUCGACUCGGCCCGCAUGUCCGGUAUUGGUAAUGAGGGCCAGAUUUGGAAGCUGCUAUAUCAGCUUUGCCUCUACUUCGGAUAUGUCGUGCUAAUGAGCAUCUCAACCAUCUCCAGUGAUAUUGGGAACAUCGCCAUCUGUGUGUUGUCUGCCGUGACUUUGAUCAAGGGAUUUCAUAGGUCCAUGGCGGUGUUCGUGCUGCCGAGCUCUAUGCGGAACGCGAUCAGAGAGGUUCCAGCACAUAUCACGGCUAGAAGAUGUUCUUUCGGAGAUCAUGAUGAACGAAGUGAGUUGCCAGUGGAUAUGAAACUUGACAUAAUGGUUGAGGAUGGAGUUGUCCACGAGGUUUCCAUGGGUGAUAUAGCUUCCUUGAGGUUCAGAGAUGCAGACUUGAAGCUAGAAUCAGACCUCCGUGCCUGCAAGGACGUGUGCUUCUCCUUGUCUCUGUCUCAUUUGCUGCGGCGGCGUCUCCUUGGGUUGUCAAGCAGCAGCGCUGAACCAACGGCGACAACAAUGAGCAGCACGGAGCCCUUGGUUGAAAGCUACGAGAGGGCCUCCAAGGUGGUCGAGAUUGAGUUAGCUUUCAUGUACGAUAUGUUGUACACCAGCAACGUAUUCCUCCACUACUACGAAGAGAGAAGCUGUAGCAUCUGGGCAGUUGCUUCGGUUCUUGGGAUCUGUUUUGUUGGGGCAGUGGCUGUCAUGCCCGGGGCAAGGACUACCCGGCAUGCUUCUCCUGGCACCAUCUCUGUGCAUACCACAGUAGCGGACUCGGUGAUCACGGGAGUAAUACUGGUGUCACUAGUCCUACUGCAGGUGUUGCAGUUGCUACGCUGCUGGACCUCGAACUGGGCGAGGGUCACCUUUGCCUGUGAUUUGGUCAGGCAUGUUAGGGAGAGGAAAUAUACUCUAAUACUUGGCCCUGGAAGAAGAGUUAGAAGAAUCCCAAGACAAGGCUAUAGGGUUAGAAGAGCGGAUUUGAGCUUGGUACUGAGGCUGAGAGCAUCUCUUCUCAAGAUCAACUGGUCGGACGACAAGCACUACCUGUGGCAAAAAAAGCUUGGGCAACACUCAGUAGUGGAAUCCAUCAGGCUGCCCGGCUCUCGCUGCCAUCGGCUAUUCUGCUGCGGAUUCCUGGAGCACGGCGCACCGAUGAUGUGCGUUGUCGCCCGGAAAUGUUGGGCGCUGUUUGGACUGCGGUACAUGGGCCGGGUGCUCCAGGAACUGUUUCAGAAGAGCAACACAGGGCGUGCGCUUGAGUUGCAUCCUGAUGUGACGGCGUCCAUUGGUGAUUUUGUUGAAAAGAUCAGGUGCAACGACGUAAGUGCCUGGGCAUCAACCAAGCUUGAAGAAGACAACCUUCGUGGGCAGAUCAAACACUUUUACGGUGACGAUGCCAUGGAUGACAUUUACGUGCCUUGUAUCCUGAUGUGGCACAUUGCAACGUGCUACUGCCAACUGGUGGCGCAGGUGUGGGAACAAGAAAUCGCUGUGGCCGCAGCAGUGGACAACAAGGAUCGCCGCGUGGCCAUGUCUCUGUCCAAAUACUGCGCAUACUUGGUGGUUUCGGUGCCGCGCUUGCUCCCUGGGCGGAGCGACGCUACAGCUAUGGUGUACGCUGAAGUUCGGGACGCCGCAAUCCAGAAUGUAGUAAAAGUGUCGUCGUUGUCGUCAUCAUCGUCGUCAUCAGCUGCCGACAAGCUGUUCGAUUUGCUGCUGGCCAUGGAAAUGUCUGAGCACCGCUAUACUGGUGUGGGAUCCUUCGUCUAUAUGAUGGGCGUGAAGCUGGGGAAGGAACUGGUCACAACCAUGCCUGCUGCUGAUCGGUGGAAGGUGCUGGCGGAAUUCUGGGUGAAGGCGCUGGUGUUGGCGGCGCCGUCCGACAACGCGGAGGAGCACCUGCAGCACCUCGCGCAGGGUGGCGAGCUCAUCACCCACCUCUGGGCGAUGCUCUAUCACGCCGGCAUCCGCAAGUGGCAGCUUACUCCACCUCCACAGAUCAAGAUGGGUUGGGAUUACAUCUUUCGGAUUCGCUCCUUGGAAGACCUCUAUAGGCCGCCUAUAGCUAGCCCCCUUCUUCAUUACGAAUGAGCAGUGUAAUAAUGAAUUAAUAUGUGUUCCACUUACCCUUUCCCAGUGUGGUUUCUUUUUUUUCAAUCACAGAAUAAAUAUGAACUCCUGAUCCAUUAUGCUCUCAUAUAUAUGAACUACAGUGUGUAUUUUAAUUAUG